GGGGGGUGACGAGGAAGACGAGGGAGAGGCGGAAGGGAGAAAGGGAAUAGCUUGAGAGUCGGAAGCGAGAGAGAGAAGGGGGGGAGGAGAGCGAGAGAGAGAGCGGGAGUUGGGAGACGCCAAAUCUCCGGCAUGGAGCCCACGUCCUGACAUCCCCGCUCCUCAUCAUCAUCAUCGCGGGAUGAAUGAGUGACGUCCAUGCACGAGCCACCAUCCCUCCUGCUCCACCUUGCUCUAUCCGCUGCUGCUGCUAACGACAACGACAGCCAUCGCCGCCUUCCUUCUGCCAGGAGCGACAGCCAGCUUCUCGAGCCGGUGGUGGUGGCGCUCCGCCCCGGCGCCCGGGAUGGCGUGCUGUACCGGUCGCUGCGCGCUCAUCUUCGUCUGCUGCCUGCAGAUGGUGGCCGUGCUGGAGCGCCAGGUGUUCGACUUCCUGGGCUACCAGUGGGCGCCCAUCCUCGUCAACUUCCUCCACGUGCUCCUCCUUAUCCUAGGCCUCUUCGGUACCGUGCAGUGCCGGCCCCGCUACAUCGUGCUGUACGCGGCGUGGAGCGUGCUGUGGGUGGCCUGGAACGUCUUCAUCAUCUGCCUCUACCUGGAGGUGGGCGGCCUCACCAAGGGUGGCGACUAUUUGACCUUCACCGCGUCACGCCACCGCUCCUGGUUCCUCGAGCACGGCCCGGGCUGUGUGGCCCAGGCGGUGGACUCGGCACCCGUGCUGGCCGUGGGAGGCGGCGGAGGAGGAGGAGGCGGUGGUGGUGCCGUGUUGGGGGGUCCCUCGGUGGGGGGCGAGGGCGGGGAGGGGCGUGCCCCUGACGGGUCGGCCCCGGACGGCCACGUGCUGCUGCGCGUGUCGGGCUGCCUGCUCGAGUACCCCUACCUCGAGGUGCUGCACAGCGGCGUCCACAUCCUCCUUGCGCUCUUCGGAUUCGUCUACUCUUGCUACGUCGUGAGCGUCAUCACGGAAGAAGAAGACAGCUGGAUUCCACAUCUCUAAGUUUCUCCCCAUCUCUCCAUUUUUAUCUCUCCCUUUCAUCUCUCCCUCCCUCCCUCUCUCUCUCCCCCUGGUCUCUCCCCCUCGUCUCUCCCCCUCGUCUCUCCCCGCCUCUACCAUCUCUCCUCCCACAAUAUUCUGCUCCUAGGGAUGUAACGAUUAAUCUAUUUGUCGAUUGAACUCAGUUUUGCAUGAUCACGGUUCAUGCUUUUGAUUAAAACAAAAAACUACAGCUUGAUAUUAAUAAGUAAAUAACAGUGUAUAUAAUUUUUUACCGUAAAUGAUUUUUAAAAUAUGUUUGUCAAUCCACUGCUGAUUGAAGGCCUCCCCCAUUCUAGAAGCCUCAUGGAGGAGGUCUUCAUCCAGCAGUGGAGUGAUCAAGGAGCUGUGUUAUCACAUCCCUAUAGAUUGAUACCACUUUCGAGAUAUAAUCAUAACCAGUGCAGUAUAUAGAUGCCGCGUACUCGAUAACAACAAUCAUCACAAAUAAGUCUCCUGUCGUAUUGUCAAAAUCCAUUGGAUCACCGAGUGACAGAAAUCGUUACAUCCCUACAAACCUAUUUUCACUCUUAACAUUUUUUAUUUUUACGCUAAAAUACUUCUCCGAUUUUCUUUUAUUCGUUUAGUUAUUUAUUUCCUUCUUCCUUCCUCUCUCUCUCUGACCCAGUUGACUUCAUAGGUGGAUUCCAUUCAUACACAGCCUACCACUCCCCACAGAAAGUUUCACACUUACAGUUAAAGCCUGUCUAUGUCCCGAACUAAAUAACGGAGGCGAGGAGGGCCCAUUUGUGCGACGUCUCACGGAGAAGAUGAAAUUGUUACCAACCACUUCACAAUUCCACACACGAAGCCUGCCGCCAGCGAAUAACCAGCAAAUAGUGUGCGGCCACACCCGAAGAAACACGGACACGUGGAGACGGAACGCACCGCGUGCGUGUGUGCGUGUGUGUGUGUGCGAUGUCGUCACCGCCACUUAGUGGCGAAUGGCGGUUGUUGUUGUCUCCAAACUGUAAAACUAAAGACAAAGGUCCCCGCCAUAUAGCGUUCAGCAGACUCUGGGAGGCAAGUGCUGUUAGCGGAGCACCUAUGAAGGCCGUCAAACGGCACACGCGGGGAUGAGCGGCCAGAAACAACGAGAAGAGCUGCCAAUUCACCACCAAAGUGGUGGUGACUUCACCACGGCGCUCGUGCGAGGCUAGGUGCGCUUUGAGGACAUCGUGUGAAGUGUCCAAGACUCGCUGGCGGGGGGUCACGGUACAGACCCAAGGGGCCAUGGGUUGCCUGGCUGAGAUGAAUGGCAGAUGCACCACUUCUGCUCCCGAUUGUGCCAACGCCACGCCCGGCCACAAUUUUAAUGCUACAAUGACGUCACAACAGCGUCACAAUGAUGUCACAAUAACGUUACAAUUCCAUGAUUUGAAACGACGCCCCUGCAGUUGUGGGCUUAUUCCCUUCACACGCGGGGGAAAUUAAAGUGUCGACCUAACUUUGCGAAUGUGCCGACGUUGUUAUCCUUUCGGUCAUUGCACAACCGACCAUCGCCUCUAUUGUGAGCGUGGCAAAGUUGAGAUCUGACGAUUGCGUAACCCAAUUGGCACGGCUGGCUACGUGCGGUGCGAAAGGAAGUCCAACACACUUACGUGCAUCUGCUUGCACAAGAGGUACAAACGCUGCGUGCUCAGCAACUUCCGAUGCCACCGAAUGGAACGCCGGUAACAAUAUGCACGCAAGUCAAAAUGGUUGACCAGUCGCUCUGUAUAUGUCGUACGAAAGUAUAGAGCACGUCACAUUAUUGUUUGAAACCGAUAGCCAUUUGUUUUAAGCAAUAUUGAUAGCGAUCAUUAUAAACAAUAAUGGCUUCUAUCGUUGCCGUCAAGUGAUGCGGAGAGAAGCCGUCCAUUGACGAAGCCACAUGCUCUCUUUGAGAUCGUCCAUUGACGAAGCCACGUGCUCUCUUUGAGAUCGUCCAUUGACGAAGCCACGUGCUCUCUUUGAGAUCGUCCAUUGACGAAGCCACGUGCUCUCUUUGAGAUCGUCCAUUGACGAAGCCACGUGCUCUCUUUGAGAUCGUCCAUUGAUGAAGCCACGUGCUCUCUUUGAGAUCGUCCAUUGACAAAGCCACGUGCUCUCUUUGAGAUCGUCCAUUGACGAAGCCACGUGCUCUCUUUGAGAUCGUCCAUUGACGAUGCCACGUGCUCUCUUUGAGAUCGUCCAUUGAUGAAACCACGUGCUCUCUUUGAGAUCGUCCAUUGACGAAGCCACGUGCUCUCUUUGAGAUCGUCCAUUGACGAUGCCACGUGCUCUCUUUGAGAUCGUCCAUUGAUGAAGCCACGUGCUCUCUUUGAGAUCGUCCAUUGAUGAAGCCACGUGCUCUCUUUGAGAUCGUCCAUUGACAAAGCCACGUGCUCUCUUUGAGAUCGUCCAUUGACGAAGCCACGUGCUCUCUUUGAGAUCGUCCAUUGACGAAGCCACGUGCUCUCUUUGAGAUCGAGCCCUGAUCCUAUACUGCCCUCUCGUGGGCUAACUUAUAACUAAAUAUAAAAUAAUACUCCAACAUUCGUCAAUAACACUGGCCUUUAAAUAAAAAAGUACCGUAAUAGGCAGCGUUUCAGGCAAUGGCCCUCUGCUUCACCUGUCUAUGUGCUGUGAAGAAGGACGACUGCCCGAAACGUCGCCUUUCAUACUGAUACUGGCCGUGUUGAGUUGUUAUUGUUGUCUGUGCUUGUGCAGCACUGCCAACACAGGUACAUCAGCAAAACAAUUUGUUUUUACUGAACUUUCAAUCUUCCAAGCAGCCCACGCAAUCAGCUGAUGAAACAACCAAGCCACCAUAUCAUUGAAACAACUUGUUAACCAUUGAACCAGAUGAUCAACCAGAUGAUCAACCAUCCACACGAAUGAUCAACCAACGGACCAACUCAUUUAUCAACCAACUCACCAGCUGAUCCACUAAUCAACUGCCUAACCAAUAAAACCAUCCCACUGAUCAACUAACCAGAUGAUCAACUAACUGAUCAACCAAGCAAGCAUUGAUCAAUCCACGAACGAACUAAUCAAUUAACGAGUGAGUCAUUUUUAACGGGAACGGUGACGGGACGGCCCAAGUCCCAUCGCGCCCACGUCUUCGCCAAAGACCCCACAUGGAACGAACCUUUGAACACGUUUUUAUUUUAUUUUUUUACACGAAACGGAAUCAUCACGGGACGCCCGUAACAACAUUGCUCCCUGGACAGAAGCUCCAUCCUCCUUCACUCCGCUGUCCAGAUAUGGAACUUCCCUCCCCGAUGAACAGAAUUGUCGGCGAGGUCACCGAUCCCGGUCUGCGGACCUUCAAAUGCCGCGCACGUGGACAUCUCCUAACCUCACCACGCGCCUCGUAGGGGCGGAGUCUUUGAGCUGCAGUGAACCAAUGAUUAUGCCGAUAGGAUGUACUCAUGUCUCACAUGGCUGUUGUUCACAACUGCACCCAAUAACAAGAACAACAACAAACAGCAGCUAAAGCAGCAGAAGAUAUCGAAAUCGCAUCUCGAUCACACAGAUGGAGGCGGCUUGGGGAGAUUGUCUUCCAACAAUGGAUUGACCAAACGCUGCUCCUCCUCCUGCUGCUGAUGAUGAUGAUAAUGACUCAAUCGAUAGACUAUGCUGCUGCUGCUGCUGGUGAAGGUUGUGGUGGCGGCGUGGGUGGACUGGAAUUGUAACUAACAUCUUAGGGAUGCGGAAUUCAUGCCGAACUACUUCCCUCGUGCUAUGAAGUUGGCCGAACCACCCCACGCGCCCCGCCGCGGACGCUUCGCGAGAGAGACGCGCAGAAGGCGGGGGGAGUGGCCGUGGUGACUGCACAGGCGCAGCCCCGCAAGUGCUUUCUAAAACGCCGCUGCUGGAGCGAGGGGAUCCACGAUAAGAAGCUCGAGGGAGCUCCUCUCUCUUAAGAGGGGGGCGUGCAGGGGUGGUGGGGGGGGCUUUAUUUGUCUUUUCACGCUGGCGAGACGUCUCGUGGAGGAGCUGGGAGUCCCCACACUCUGCCCCAUCACACGCGACUUGCCAGUGCCACCACUUGGCUCGGCGGACAGAACACUGCGGUGGGGGGUUUAAGAAUCAUUCCCCGCCCCCCCCUCCCCCGUGACUUGAGGCUUACAAGUCGAUUGUGCUGACCAUUGCAACACAGGGGGCAUCCCUGAUUAAGACUACUUAAUAAUAAUUGUAAAUGCCUGGCCUAACCCCGCCACCCUCCCCCCCCCUUCAACCUGUACAUACAAUGGUACAUGCCGUGAUUCUAUGGCGUUUCAGACGUGGCUGUGGGAUGUACCAUGUGUAAUGGGGGUGUUCGUGACACGAACUACCCAUACAAGAGACCCCUUCUCACCGUAUAGCCAUACAGAAUAUUUGAGUAAGUGCUGUUAGCGAGCACCUAUUAAGGCUACGACGUGGUGGUGCAGCAAGAAACCACGCCCGGCCGCCUUUGUCUUUCUAUACCCAGCGCCGAUGUUAAGCAAUUGUUUACACACCGCACCAGGUGACUCAAUUGAGGCCGAGUCGACGGAGUAGUGGGGGAAAGGGGGGUCCCAGGGCAGGGUUUUGACAUCACUCGUCACUGAUGUUUGCCGUGGCCGAGAAUCGAACCCAGACGAAUCUGGGUCUAAUAGCGCGGUGCAUCUCACACACAUGAAAACACACACGCGCGUAUUUAAAAUAUAUACAUUUAAAGUUAAACACGACUUCGCCACAUUACGAACCGAUUACUAUUAUUAGCCCGACAUGUAAAUUGUCUUGCAUAUUUCCAAUUUCGUUUUGACAUGUUCCUCUCGACGAAUAUAACAAAUGAUGCCUUGGCA